GACAAGGCUCGCUCUCCCGAAAAACCAGCGACCCCCGAAAAGCCUCGCACUCCAGAGAAGCCGGUGACCCCAGAGAAGCCGCGUUCUCCGGAGAAGCCGGCCUCCCCGGUGAAAGACGAAAAGGCGGUGGUGGAGGAGACCAUCACAGUCACAAAGGUAACCAAAAUUAGUGCUGAGGUAGAGAAGGAGGCCAGGAAAGAAGACAUUGCAGUGAAUGGUGAGGUGGAGGAGAAGAAGGACGAGGGAUCCAAAGAGAAGGAGGUUGAGGAGGAAGACAAGGGAGUUGUCACCAAUGGCCUAGAUGUGAGCCCAACUGAUGAUAAGGGUGAGAAAAUUGUAGUAACCAAAAAAGCAGAGAAAAUCACUGGUGAAGGUGGGGACAGUACAACCACGUAUAUCACAAAGUCGGUGACGGUCACUCAGAAGGUAGAGGAACACGAAGAAAGCUUUGAGGAGAAACUAGUGUCCACCAAGAAAGUGGAGAAAGUUACUUCACAUGCUGUAGUAAAAGAGAUUAAAGAGACCGAAUAAAAUAAAUCAUAGCUAAAUUAAUAAAAAAAUAAAAAUUCAAGAGCUUGGGUCGGUGCAAAAGGUUAAGCCAUAUGACAGCUGCAAAAUGCAUGUGAGUGACGGCUUCAAAGCAGAACGGGUUCUCUCAUGGAGGCUCCAGACACACAGUAUUUUACUUUUUUGUGCAAUAUAGGGGAGGGGGGGGGAAUGCAUGCAGGCUCAAGAUGUACUCCCUCCACAGAGCUUGGGGAACUAACAAAACAAAACAAAAAAAUUAAUACUAAAUAAUAGUGCAUGAGAUGAAAUGUGCAAAGGAAGCUUCUGAAUUUCCUGAGCUGUUGGAGGGGUAUAUCUGAGGAACGACUUUAAGAUGUAUUAUGCAAAGAACCAACUGAGCCAAAAAAAACAAACAGAAAACAGUACUAGAAUAUUCAUGAGAACCAGAACUCUCCUAGCCUUAAAAAAAAAAAGCUACUUAUAAAUAAUUAUGUUUACCUCACUGGUGCAAUUAGGGUGGACUUUUGCUCAUGGGAGAACCUAGUUGACAUGCACAGUACGCAACCUUUUGUUGUUUGAUGUAAAAGUCACAGCAGUUCUUGCUCAAUAAAGGUCAAUACUGAAAACA